AUGUCUACCACACACUCUCUACCCUCCCACUUGGACCUGUUCUACAAUGGUCAAUGGCACCGUCCCAAAGAUGGGGUGUAUGCGGAAACAUUUAACCCGGCGUGUGGCGAGCCCAUUACUAAAGUGGCUGUUGCCUCCGCGGCUGAUGUGGACGAGGCUGUAAAUGCGGCCCAUCAAGCGUUCCUGAGCUGGCGGGCGACCCCUCCAGUCGAAAGAGCCCGGUGCCUGCGCCGCGCCGCGGACUUACUCCGUGAACAUGCCGAUGAGCUUGCAUGGAUUGAUUCCUUGAACACCGGGAACCCACUGGGAAAGAUGCUGAGUGAUGCGAAAGUCGCCGCUACGUCACUCGACUAUUUCGCAGGAUUAAUCCCGAUGCUGAAAGGCGAGACCAUCCCACAAUCGGACGAUACCUUCCACUACACCGUGCGAGAGCCAUUGGGCGUCGUGGGACGCAUCAUGGCAUUCAACCAUCCUAUUCAAUUCACGGGCUCGAAAAUAGCAGCACCGCUGGCGGCAGGCAACACUGUGGUAGUGAAGACCCCAGAUCAGGCGCCCCUAUCGUGCCUCCGUCUGGCCGAGAUCUUGGGCCCCGUAUUCCCCCCAGGUGUAUUAAAUAUCCUGCCUGGCCAGAUCGAUUGUGGGAAGGCCUUGACGACGCACCCACUAGUUAAGAAGAUUACCUUGAUCGGAAGCGUCCCGACCGGUCGAGCCAUCCAGCAGGCUGCUGCAGUCACGCUGAAGCCAACCCUCCUGGAGCUCGGGGGCAAGAACGCGCUGCUAGCAUUUCCAGAUGCGGACGUGGAUGCCCUGGCCGAAGGUGUUGCGCGGGGGAUGAACUACACUUGGGCAGGGCAGUCUUGUGGCUCGACCUCCCGUGUCUUCUUGCACGAAUCGCAUUAUGAAACGGUCAUAGAAAAGGUCAAAUCAUUCAUCGAAAGAGAGUUCAAACCGGGGGUUCCGACAGAUAUGUCAACCACUAUGGGCCCUCUCAUUAACAAAGCGGCACAGGAGCGGGUUCUGUCAUAUAUUCUCUCGGCGGAUGCGGAGGGCGCUCGCCUCAUCACAGGAGGCAAGAUCCCAAAACAUCUUCCCGGUAUGGAGCUUGGUUACUGGGUCGAACCGACCGUGUACGCCGACGUUCAGCCACAUAUGCGUAUCGCCAAAGAAGAGAUCUUCGGACCCAUCAUGUCUAUCUUCAAAUGGUCUGAUGAAGAGGAACUUAUCAAAACAGUUAACGAUACCGCUUAUGGUCUUACAGCUUCUGUCUUUACCCGUGAUAUCUCGAGGGCGACGAGAAUCGUAAGACAUAUCGAGGCCGGCUAUAUUUGGAUUAAUCAGGUGUCUAAACACUUUAUCGGUGUCCCGUUCGGAGGAGCCAAGCAAUCUGGAGUAGGAAAGGAGGAGUGCCUGGAGGAACUAUUGUCAUUCACAGAGAUAAAGAGCGUGAAUGUCUUGCUGUAG